UGAAGAGAAAGAAAGGAUCGAGACUGAUAACGGGGAAGCAAAUUCGCAGCUACAAGCCCUAAAGCUCCAGCUUCUGUAAUCUCUACUGCGCUAUUUCUCCAGAUUUGAGCUUUAACAAAAAUGACUCAAGAUGUGGAAAUGAAAGACCACCAGACACCAUCGCAUUCCAUCUCUUCAGCCGUGCCGUCCACUUUGCAGCAUUUUAAGGAGAUAGCAUCGCUUAUUGAGACUGGCUCAUACACCAAGGAAGUUCGACGUAUCGUUCGUGCGGUCCGCCUAACAAUCGGACUGAGGCGGAAGCUGACGGCUCCAGUGCUCUCCGCAUUUUUUGAUUUCGCUUUGGCGCCGGGCUCUGAGCCACAUGCUCGAUUUUCUGCCUAUCUUCCGAAGGCUGAUGAGCAUGAUAUGGAAGUUGAUACUGCAACAUCUGCUUCACAAACUCUAGUGAAGCAUCUAUCACCAGAGCUCGAGAUUUACUGCUACUUUCUCGUGGUUCUUUUUCUGAUUGAUCAGAAAAAAUACAAUGAGGCUAAAGCGUGCUCAUCAGCGAGCAUUGUUCGCCUCAAGAACUUAAACAGAAGGACUGUUGAUGUCAUAGCAGCAAGACUGUAUUUUUAUUAUUCGUACAGCUACGAGCUCACUGGUGAUCUUUCUGAAAUCCGGGGCAACCUUCUUGCCUUGCAUCGCAUUGCCACAUUACGCCAUGAUGAGCUGGGCCAGGAAACGCUUCUCAACCUAUUACUUCGUAACUACCUCCAUUAUAAUCUGUAUGAUCAAGCGGAGAAGUUGAGGUCGAAGGCACCACGCUUUGAAGCACAUUCAAACCAGCAGUUUUGCCGAUAUCUAUUCUACCUCGGAAAAAUUCGGACAAUUCAGCUGGAAUACACUGAUGCAAAGGAGAGUCUCCUUCAGGCUGCUAGGAAAGCGCCCGUUGCAGCUCGUGGCUUCCGAAUUCAGUGUAAUAAGUGGGCUGUUUUAGUCAGAUUGCUAUUGGGAGAAAUACCUGAGAGGACAGUCUUUAUGCAGAAGGGAAUGGAGAAGGCUUUGAGGCCAUAUUUUGAACUUACAAAUGCUGUGCGGAUUGGAGAUCUGGAGCUCUUUAAAAGUGUUGCAGAAAAGUUUUCUGACACUUUUAGUACUGACAGGACACGCAAUUUGAUAGUACGGUUGCGGCAAAAUGUGAUAAGAACUGGUUUGCGCAACAUCAGUAUAUCUUACUCCCGCAUCUCUCUUGCUGAUGUUGCAAAAAAAUUGAGGAUGGACUCUGCAAACCCUGUGGCAGAUGCUGAAAGCAUUGUAGCCAAGGCUAUUCGUGAUGGUGCAAUUGAUGCCACAUUGGAUCAUGCAAAUGGCUGGCUGGUGUCCAAGGAGACUGGCGACAUUUAUUCUACCAACGAGCCACAAAUGGCCUUCAACUCCAGGAUUGCUUUCUGCCUUAAUAUGCACAAUGAAGCAGUUCGAGCUCUGCGAUUUCUGCCUAACACACAGAAGGAGAAGGAAAGUGCUGAGAAGCGGAGAGAAAGGCAACAGCAGGAGCAAGAACUUGCAAAGCAUAUAGCAGAGGAUGAUGAUGAUGAUUUUUGAGAACUUGCAGAACACAUUACAGACUUGGCGUCCUCCCUGGUUUUAUAUACGUAUUUUUGUUAUCUAGAUUGAAGAGUUAACAAUUGUCAGUAUGAAGAAAUCUUUGCUUGAUUAUGCUUAUCGGUUAUUGCAUUUCAACUUUUCAAGCCCUUAAAAAUUAUUAUGGAAUGAGGCACCAACUUCAUGUUUGCUAUAUCUAAAUAACACUAGGAUUGGACGUUUCAGUG